CGCUGUCGCUGCUUGGCCGUCGCGCUUCUCUCAGCGCAGAUCCGAUUCAUGUUCGAUCUGUUACAGGAUCUGGAGUCGGAUCGGGAUCUGAUGUCGGGUCUGAUAGUCGCUCUCUGGACCGGAUCUGGAGUGAAUGUGAAGAGAAGCGAGAGAGGAGCAGCAGGAGAGCUCAGGAGGAUCAGUACUGAAGAACCUCAACCAUACAGGAGUGGAUUUACUGCAGGAGUGAAUCCAGGAGGAGGUGAAGGAGUGAAUGAGGAAUAGAAGUGGAUUUUGGACUGAACUGUAACGGUCCGGGGCCCCAGAUGUACCAGCGGCUGGAAGCGUCCUGGGUUCAGGCCCACUGGAGUGUAACGGAGAGGAGAGGAGGCGGGGCGGGCGUUUCGGGCUCCGGGCGGAGGGAGUCCCGCCGUGGAACCUGCACCCUCGGAGAGGAACGCGGCGCCGAGGCGAAGGACCGACAAUUAUAGAGGGAUUAACCUCGGACUUCCUUCCUGUGAGAUUUGAUCUCAUAAAGCACCUUAUUCGCUGGAUUUACUUCUGAUUCUUCAGGCCUCGGGUUCGAGGAGGACCUCAUGGCGUUUUGUCCCAGAAUGGAGUUUCAGAUGGGAGUCCUGCACAAUGACUGGACCACUUUUCUUCGCUUCUGGUUCACUGUGUUCCUGGGCUUGUAUGUGCAAUUCGACCCCGUGGCGUCCUGCCCCAAAGUGUGCCGCUGUGACAAGACCUUCAUUUACUGCAACGAGAGGAGUCUGACGUCGGUCCCUCUAGGGGUCCAGGAGGGCUACAAGACUCUGUUCCUGCAGAACAACCAAAUAAACAACGCAGGCUUCCCCAGCGAGCUACACGGCGUAGCUUCGCUCGAGUUCGUCUCCUUGUACGGGAACCAGCUGGACGAAUUUCCGCUGAACCUACCCAAAAACGUGAGGACCCUCCAUCUGCAAGAGAACAACAUUCAGACCAUCUCCAGAGGUGCCCUGGGACAGCUCCAGAUGCUGGAGGAGCUGCACCUGGAUGACAACUCCAUCUCCACGGUGGGCGUCGAGGACGGGGCCUUUCAGGAGGCGGCGAGUCUCAAGCUCCUCUUCCUCACCAAGAAUCACCUCAGCAGCAUCCCUGCAGGGUUACCGACUGACCUGAAGGAGCUCCGUCUGGAUGAGAACCGGAUCGCCGUGAUCCACCAGGACGCCUUUCGGAACGUGACCAACCUGCAGCGGGUAAUCCUGGAUGGAAACCUUCUGGAGGACGACGCCAUCGCUGAGGGAGCCUUCCAGAACCUGGUGAACCUGAAGGAACUUUCGUUAACCCGCAAUUCCCUGACGACGCCCCCAUCCUUGCUUCCAGGGUCACUUGUUAGGUUAUAUCUACAGGAGAACCAGAUGAAAGACAUCUCGGUUUCGGCGUUCUCCGGCCUCGGACAGCUUGAGAAGCUCGACUUGUCCGGGAACGUCCUUCAGACUUUACCGCAGGGAGUCUUCAACGGGUUGAAAAGCCUGACGCAUCUUAACGUGCGGAACAAUCAGUGGCGCUGUGACUGCGCCGUCAAGUGGAUUGUUACCUGGCUGAAGUCCUUACCAUCUUCCACAAACGUCAAAGGGUUCAUCUGUCACCGGCCCGACCGGUUGAAGGGCAUGGUAAUCCGAGAGCUACCGGUUGACACCCUGGAAUGCCCUGGCAGCACUACCGUCUAUCCGCGGGUCACUCAGUUACCUCCGACUACACCACUCCCUCACAGGACCACCGACCUUCCAUGGACCUCACGUCUUACCACCGGACCGUCCACUGUUUCGUUCCCAACCACGACCCGGCCCACACCCCCUCCACCACAGUUUGUUCCCAAUUUCCCUCCUCCGUACGAAGACCCCAUGAAAAUGUCCGUCCUGUUCGUGAACGCGACGUUCGCUGAGGUCUCCUGGGAGUCUUACUUCACCGUGACAGCGUACAAAGUCACCUGGGUGAAACGGAGCCAGAGCUUGAUGAUGGACGUCAGUCGGGAGAGGACGGUACCCGGAGACCAGCGCAGACUCGGCUUGUAUGACCUGGAGCCCAAGUCCGACUACCGCAUCUGCGUGUACAUUCUGGACACCCUAAACAGCUACCGCCCCGGCGAGGACACCAUUUGCACAGAAAUAAGGACCAAAGCCGCGCCCAGAAGCCCCGGGAACACGGGGAACACGGAGUCGGAGCAGGUGGCGCAGCAGGACCCCACCCUGACCUUCCUCCUGGCCGGAGUGAUCGGCGGCGUGGCGCUGAUCGUUCUCAUCACCCUGCUCGGCCUGUUCUGCUGGCACGUGCACAGAAAGAGCCGGGCGUCCCGCGCCCAGUCCGAGUGGAAGUACAGCCGGGGCAGGAGGAAAGACGACUACUGCGAGGCGGGCACCAAGAAGGACAACUCCAUCCUGGAGAUAACCGAGACCAGCUUUCAGAUCGUGCCGCUGAACAACGAGCAGCUGUUGAAGGGCGAUUUUAGGAUCCAGCCCGUCUACACGCCCAACGUGGGCAUCGGGUAUCGGGACUGCCACCGGAGCAACAACAGCCUGGUGUUCUGCAAGAGCAGCAACGUGCCCACCGUGGACUUUUGCCACACGUGACGGGACACACGUGCUAAUUUAAACGACUCUCGGAUUCAUACACGGAUUUAUCUUGUAUUUUUGAUACAUUCCCAGGACUCGGUUCCUGAUCGUGGUUCCGCUCGCGGUUGCGCCGCUGUGGUUUGUACUAUAGAGACGUUUUCGACGUCCUGGUGGGGGCGCUGGUUUUCAGUCAAGGAUUUAUUUUUAUUUUUUAUUUCCGCUGAUAUUUGGUUAAUUUCACAAUAAAAUCCAUUUUUACAAAUAAAUAAAUGAAUAAAAUUC